AGGGUGCAGAUUACCAUCACCGUCGCCGUCCCUGGACUCUGCCGCUCACAAACUCAGCUCGCUUUGUCGUCGGUGGAACGGAGUGGAGGUGCAUAGCUCGACAGCUGAUCGCGGAUCGACGCUCUCCCUCGUCAGUCGCAGUAUACGUCGCGCUCGGUGCGUCCCAGCCCGAUCUGGUCCCGGAUCUAUCUGGUGCGUGCACGCGUACGCGAUCGAUCGUCCGUCGUACGACGGAGUCGAAAAGCGAUUCCGGAGCGAGUGCGGUGUUACGGACAUGACAUAGUGAUGCGUCAGUAACCAGGCGAAGGGGUCGAUACGCGGGGUGGAAUAGCAAUAUCGUGUCGUACCCUUGAUUCGAUGCGAGGACCAGUGUGAUCCGUGAUCGCUCUACCUGGCGCACACCUCUGCCUCGCAGUCCGCCUGACAGAUCCGAGUGUUUGGCAGGUCGAAGGCGUCUGACAGGCCAAGAGGAUGCCAAGUGUCAUCGCUGUGGCAUGACUACCGGACGUCGUGACGGUAGCUGAGCCCACUUUUGUCCGAGGCACCAUUGGAUGAGAUGGCUGAUCUGAAGAAUCUCACCCUGAGUGGGGGCGCAACGUCCAGGUACAACGGCGAUGAGCAGGUGCAAUUUAUUCCGGGUGGUAGUCACCAGGUGACGAUCAGAUCACCACCUCCCUCUUUACAUUUGGAAAAUCUCAACAACGCGGUCCACGGCGGCUCGCAGAACAACCUUCACUGCAGUUGCAAUGGCACCACGUCAAACGGUGCUGCGGCUGCGGUGUGCACCGGCGGUGUUCUGGCCAGAAAAGUGCCGAACCAUAGCGGCGCUAGUCCUGGACAGAGUAACAAAAGGCCGGCGGUAUCGCUGACGCAUCUCCCGAAGAGACCGCCGGUCGACGUGGAGUUCAAGGACCUGGCCUACAGCGUGUCCGAAGGCAGAAAGAGAGGAUACAAAACAAUCUUAAAAUGCGUGAAUGGAAAAUUCAGAUCUGGAGAGUUGACGGCAAUUAUGGGACCGUCCGGUGCCGGAAAGAGUACGCUUAUGAACGUUUUAGCAGGUUACAAAACAUCGCACUUGAGUGGCUCGGUGCUGAUUAACGGGAAAGACAGGAACCUCAGAAGAUUUCGGAAGAUGUCCUGCUAUAUCAUGCAAGACGAUCGACUUCUUCCACAUCUGACCGUUUACGAAGCGAUGACUGUCUCAGCGAAUCUGAAGUUAGGAAAAGAUAUCAGCGCAACUGCCAAGAAAGUAGUGAUCGAGGAGAUUAUCGAAACACUUGGCCUACGCGAAGCCAGCAACACUCAAACUCAGAGUCUCAGCGGCGGACAGAGAAAGAGGCUGUCGAUAGCGUUGGAGCUCGUCAACAAUCCUCCGGUUAUGUUCUUCGACGAACCCACUUCCGGCUUAGAUAGUUCUUCCUGUUUCCAAUGUCUAAGUUUGCUCAAAUCUCUCAGUAGAGGAGGAAGGACGAUAAUAUGUACGAUCCAUCAACCAAGUGCACGGCUGUUCGAGAUGUUUGACCAUCUCUACCUACUUGCCGAAGGCCAAUGUAUAUAUCAGGGCAACGUCGGUGGCCUCGUGCCCUUCUUGUCAUCGAUGGGUCUUGAGUGUCCGAGUUACCACAAUCCAGCGGAUUACGUGAUGGAAGUCGCUUGCGGGGAGCACGGCGAAUGCGUUCACAAGCUCGUGAUGGCUGUAAACAACGGCAAGUGCAACAACUAUCAGCACUAUCAAGCGGGCAUCGCCGCGGCGCAGACGGUUUCGAACGACAUCGCGAAGGAGUCGCCGCAAGAGCAGACGAAACCGGAGGGUGCUGCUUUGAUACCGAACGGUGUCGCGAAGCCACCGCCCGGCACGACAAUGAUCAAUAUGCCCGUUUCUUGCACAACCUCAUUGCUGGACAGCGCGGAGAGCAUAGAACAGAAAGUUGGCUUUCCGACGAACGGCUGGGUGCAAUUUUGGAUACUGCUUAAGAGAACCUUCUUAGCGCAGAUGCGAGACAUGACACUAACAAGGGUAAGAUUGAUUUCGCAUAUAAUCGUCGGCUUCCUGAUCGGCGCAAUUUAUUACGAUAUCGGCAACGAAGCCUCGCAGGUCAUGAGUAACGCCGGAUGCGUCUUCUUUACGGUGAUGUUUCUGAUGUUCACCGCUAUGAUGCCAACCAUACUAACAUUUCCGAUGGAAAUGUCCGUAUUCGUGAGAGAGCACUUGAAUUACUGGUACUCGGUGAAAGCUUUUUACCUGGCGAGAACGUUGGCGGACCUGCCGUUCCAAAUGGUGUACUCUAUAGCCUACGUGAUGAUCGUAUACUUUAUCACAUCGCAACCGUUGGAGACGGAGCGCUUUCUUAUGUAUUUAAAUAUAUGUAUACUGACAUCGCUAGUCGCACAGUCAAUCGGUCUGUUGAUAGGAGCAGCAAUGAGCGUGGAGACUGGAGUGUUUAUCGGGCCCGUAACGUCGGUCCCGAUCAUCCUCUUUUCCGGCUUCUUCGUUAACUUCAACGCCGUUCCAAAAUAUCUUAAGUUCCUCUCGUACGUGAGUUACGUGAGGUACGGUUUCGAAGGUGCCAUGAUCUCCGUGUACGGCUACAAUCGGGCGAAACUCAAGUGUUCCGAGUCCUACUGCCACUUCAAAAGUCCGACGAAGUUCCUCGAAGAGAUGUCCAUGGAGAACGCGGUCUACUGGGUGGACGUCGUCGCCCUGCUCGGCUUCCUGCUCGGUCUCAGAGUGGUCGUUUACUUCGUGCUGAGACUCAAGUUACGAUCCCUGCGUUAAAUUCUCUGAUAAUAGUCGAGGACAGACAAUAAUCGAUCACGUCGCGACGCUACGAACGUCAUUACACUGAGACUGUGACUUGGGAUAUCAUCAGAAGAUCACACUUUCUUAAUCGUGUGUAACCAACGACGGAGAAGGGCGAUCGCGAGAGGAACGCGUUCGAUCUCGAGCGAUCGACGACGAGCGCGUGAAGCUAUCAAACUGAAACAACGCGGCGAGAAUCGCUGCGUAGAAUACGAGGGAACAUUACACACAGAUCAUCUUCGAUUAAAUCAAUUAUUUAAUGUGCGAGCUUGUGAUUUGAGUCGUUGGAUUUCCGCCGCAUACUUUAUUAUUCGUUUCGUCUACCUCUUUCGCAGAAUAUUUUUUUAUCGAUUCCAUUUGAUGUAGAGCGUCGAUGAGCUUCGAAGGGUGCGCUUAAUUAUUAUUAAACGUAGUGGUUACCGCUUACGGUGCCGAACCGAAUGAUCUCUGCCGUUGGCAAAAGAAGACAUUUUAUCGUACUUUAUUAGUCCGAAUAAGAGAAACAGCUACCGAGAGUUGUCGCGAGAGAACACUCGAAGGAAUCCGAUUAAAGACGAAUCAUAAAGAUGAAUCUUAGGUCGCCUAGGUAGGCGUGUGUUUAAGUAAGAUAGUACAGGCAGGAAUUAGGCUAUCUAACGAUUUAUCCUCAACCGCGCAUUAACAAUAGUAGACCGACACGCGACGGCAACGCCGUCGAUUAUCCGAAUGAGAGAAUAUUGAAUCGAAAAAAACAGAAAAAAAAAACGUGAACAUUUAUAGCCAAUUACUACGAACUCGCCAAGAGCCUUAGGCCCAUUCAGGACUCGUGUCCCUCCAACGAGCGCGUUCAAACGCGCGAGCGCGACGAAAUAAGGGUUUCUAUAGAUAGAUAAGUAGAGUAGAACACACACGAAUCGUUCAAACGAGUCUUUUAUUAUAUUCUCAUCUUAUAUUAUAAUAGCGUUAUUAUAAUUCGCUGCAUUCAUUUCGACUGCGACGGGUAUUUUAAAGAAUAAUAAACGCGUCUUACGGUCAUAAUGACAUUCUUCAACGUACGAACGAGAGCAAUUUGCGAAAACCGAAAACAUGCUUAAUUCGUGAGUUGACGUUUUCGUAUUAACGUAAAAAUAGGUAGAAAGUGCAUCCGACACACGUCUCACACAUAAUCACACUAACAAUCUUUCUUCAUAUCGUAAUUUCAUCAACGAUUUACUUAAUAGCUACGAUAAUUAUAAGGGGAAAAGGAAAAGAGGGGGGAGGGAAAAGGGUUAAUUGUAAAAAGCUCACACUUGACCAAUCACUAGCUGCCUGAGCGUUGCUUCUAAGUGCGAGUGCUAAAUAUUGUUACAUUUAUUAUAGUAUACAUAUGUGAUUAUUCGGAAGGAUUUGGAGGAAUUGUAUAACUGUAUAAAGCGACAGAAGAGGAUAGAUAGCGUGCGUCUGCGCGCGUUAACGAAUCUGUAAUUAAUUAGUACCGAUUUUUUAUAAUAAUGUGAUUCCUUUCCGCGGCCUAUGCACGCAUAUCAUUCUGCGGAUUUAUUUAUCCAGCGACCGACGAAACGGCAGUGAUUAAAAUUAUAUCGCAGAUAUACUUUAUUUGUUAUCAAAUUUAUUUUACGCGCAACCAGAAUUUACUGCAA